GUGAAGGGCAAGCACGGUGAACUCAAGCGUGACUUCAAGCACUUGCCCAUUGAGCUGUUCCUGUCCGACGGCGGCAAGAAGGUGGUGGCGCGCAUGUACUUCGCCAAGAGCAAGCAGUGCUCCAUGCUCAACAGUGUGUGCAGCCACAUCAGCAACCUCUUCGAGGGCGUGGCACACAAGUUCGAGUACAAGAUGCGCCUCGUCUAUGCGCACUUCCCCAUCAACGCCAACAUCAUCAACGGUGGCAAGACCAUCGAGAUCCGAAACUUCCUUGGUGAGAAGGUGGUGCGAACUGUGCACAUGCUGCCGGGCGUGACGGUAGAGAAGAGCGCGUCCACGAAGGAUGAGCUGGUCGUCUGCGGUGCCGACAUUGAGCUCACGGGCCAGUCUGCGGCGCUGAUCCACCAGUCCUGCCUCUGCAAGAAGAAGGAUAUCCGAAAGUUCUUGGACGGAAUCUACGUCAGCUCCCAUGGCGUCAAGGAGGAUUGA